AUGGCUCGUGGACCGAAGAAGCACUUGAAGCGUUUAAACGCGCCUAAAGCAUGGAUGUUGGACAAGUUAGGCGGAGUGUAUGCUCCCAGGCCUUCAACUGGGCCACACAAACUUCGUGAGUGCCUGCCGCUCGUGAUUUUCCUGCGUAAUCGAUUAAAGUACGCUCUCACCGGCAAUGAAGUGCUCAAGAUUGUUAAGCAGCGACUUAUCAAGGUUGAUGGCAAGGUACGAACCGACCCAACCUACCCUGCAGGUUUUAUGGAUGUUGUUUCAAUUGAGAAGACCAAUGAGUUGUUCCGAUUGAUCUAUGAUGUCAAAGGUCGUUUCACCAUCCACAGAAUAACUCCAGAGGAAGCCAAGUACAAGCUGUGCAAAGUCCGACAGGUAGGCACUGGCCCCAAGGGCGUGCCCUACAUUGUGACACACGACGGCCGCACCAUCCGCUACCCAGACCCUCUCAUUAAGGUGAACGACUCAAUCCAGCUGGACAUCGCCACCACCAAAAUUAUGGACUACAUUAAGUUCGAGUCCGGCAACCUGUGCAUGAUCACGGGUGGAAGAAACUUGGGGCGUGUCGGUACUAUUGUAUCGCGUGAACGUCAUCCUGGGUCGUUUGACAUUGUCCACAUCAAGGAUUCAACGGGCCACACUUUUGCCACUAGGAUGAACAACGUGUUCAUAAUCGGCAAGGGCACCAAGGCGUACAUCUCGCUGCCCCGAGGCAAGGGCAUCCGGCUCACAAUCGCCGAGGAGCGCGACAAGAGGAUCGCCGCGAAGGUCGCGCAACACUAG